AUGGCGGACCAGCGGACCUCCACGAGUGGCCCUGCGCCCAACAGCCCAGAGGGCUACGAUUCCUCACUCCUCCCAGAUUUCGAUCAUGAAUUCCUGUCCUACGAGGAUUUGAUCGCUUUUGCCAAUGCGCUCUCGGCGCCAGAACACAGUCCGAGUACAGAUGAUUUGACGUCCCCUACAGCUCUUAGUGGCAACGAUGGCACGAAUUCUUUCAGCGGCGAAAGAUCCAAAAGCAGAGAGAGUCUUUUCAUAACCGCACAAAAUGACUGGGCGCCCAUUCACCCACCCCGAAAGACGUCGCGCAAGAAGAAAGGGACUCGGAAGCCGCGCAGGAGUCGGGAUGAGACGAGGGAGGGGUAUCUAUACUCGCUGCUCAAAUGGCCGUUGCUUGGUGUGGUGGGAGCGUGGGUUUUUGGCCUGGGGAUCAGUUAUCUGUUUACCAGGUUAUAUAUCUGGCUUUAUGAGAAUUUUGUGGCAUGGAGGGGGAAGAGGGAACGUCUGAGGAGGAAACUGCAGGGUGCGGAGACCUAUGCCGACUGGGUGCGCGCUGCGAAAGAGCUAGAUCGGUUUCUGGGAAAUGAUAAGUGGAAGGAGGAUGACGCCUUUGCGUAUUAUGAUUAUAAGACUGUGAGGAGAGUGCUGGACCAGAUGAAGCGGUCUAGGAGGAAGGUUGAGGCUGAGGAGAGGGGGAUAUUGAAUGGGACUGGAGGGAAGAGAAGGGCGAUUCAGGAAUUGAAAGCCCUCGUCGAAGGUUGUGUGAAGAGCAACUUUGUUGGCGUCGAGAAUUCUAGAUUAUAUUCUCAGACAUAUUAUGGGACAAAGAAUCUUGUUCAGCAAUUCAUUGAAGAGGUCGAGAGGGGAGUCAAAAUUUUGAUAGACACGAACGAACUUGGACCAGAGGAGAAACGAACCCUAUUUAAACGACUACAUACUAAUUUUGGUCGGACUGCCUUGUGCUUGUCAGGAGGCGCCACCUUUGCAUACUACCACUUCGGUGUAGUAAAAGCCCUACUAGACGCAGACCUGCUACCAGAUGUGAUUACUGGUACUUCUGGGGGCGCGCUUGUGGCAGGGCUCAUAGCCACACGCACAAAUGAAGAGCUGAAGAAGCUUCUUGUCCCAGCGCUGGCCGGCCGAAUAGACGCCUGCUCGGAGAGUAUCACAGUAUGGGGGCCUCGUUGGUGGAAAACCGGUGCUCGAUUCGAUACUCUCGAGUGGGCUAAGAAGUGUAGCUGGUUCACGAGGGGAAGCAUGACCUUCCGUGAAGCUUAUGAACGGACGGGAAGGAUUCUCAAUGUAUCCUGCGUCCCUGCGGAUCCCCACUCUCCUACAAUCCUUUGCAACUACUUGACUAGUCCAGACUGUGUCAUCUGGUCAGCAGUUCUUGCAUCAGCUGCCGUUCCAGGCAUCAUGAAUCCCGUUGUUCUCAUGAUGAAGACGAGAGACGGCACCUUGGCCCCCUAUUCCUUCGGUCACAAAUGGAAGGAUGGCAGUCUCCGAACCGAUAUCCCUCUAAAAGCUCUCAACCUCCACUUCAACGUCAACUUCAGCAUCGUGAGCCAAGUAAAUCCUCAUAUCAAUCUCUUCUUCUUCUCAUCCCGCGGUGCCGUCGGACAACCCGUCACCCACCGAAGGGGCCGAGGCUGGCGCGGUGGCUUCCUAGGAAGUGCGACAGAACAAUACCUUAAACUCGAUCUCAACAAAUGGCUUAAAGUCCUCCGGCAUCUAGAACUACUUCCUCGCCCACUCGGUCAAGACUGGAGCGAGAUAUGGCUGCAACAAUUCUCAGGCACCAUCACCAUCUGGCCCCGGGUCAUCAUCUCCGAUUUCUGGCGUAUCCUCAGCGAUCCCGCACCGAAACAGCUCGCCCGGAUGCUCCACGUCGGCCAACAAAGCGCGUUCCCCAAACUGCAAUUCAUCGCGCAUCGGAUGAAAAUCGAGCGGCUGGUUGACCAAGGUCGCAACGAAAACCGUCUUGGUUUCCGCAGAGGGUCGAUUGAGAGUAUCCUGAGCGCAGACGAUCUUAAGAAGCUCCUAAAGAAAAACGGCGAGGAGACGGAGAAUCCAAGCGCGACAGAGGAAGAUACUGACCUGGGCACUACGGGCGAUGAGGAUGAAGAUGUGAAAGGGGAGGCUUUGGAGAUUGCUAUGGCGGCCAAAAUGAAGGUAUGA